GUUUGAAGGAUGCUACUCCAACGAGUUUGGCGCCGAUCGUCGGCGCCGUCAACUGCGCGGCGCUUGGGAGCCCAUUAUUCCUCACAUGGCAAGAAACGUCAAUUAGACGCACUGAAGGGUCAUGGGGCUACCGUCGCCCAAGUAAAUGCCUUCAACGGAACUCGCGAUCCCGCUCCAAGCAGCCUCAUUGCCCACCAUCUCGCGAACAACGAUGUGUCGGCAGCAACAACACUACUCCUACAACAAGGAACUCGACAACCUUCCCGCGACGACAGAAUCUACGUCGGACUGGCACUAAGACAAGCGCUUGAGACUGACACGUCGUUGAUUCCUUCGUUAGUGUCGCUCGCAGUAUCGUCGCAUGCCGAGGUCCCGUCCGACGUAUUCGACGCGUGUGUCCAUCAUUGCCGCGAUCACUCGCUAUCCAAGUUGGCCACAUCCCUCGCCCAUGUCGUACACAAUGACUUGACGCCCCUUCCUUUGUCCCCUCUCGACUUUGUCACCGUGCUCAUCGAAUGUGGCGCGAAUCGCGCGGCUGUCACCUUCUUUCUGAAGCUGCAAGAACUUCGCUUCGUGCAUACGCUACCAACGCAUGUCAUCCACAUGCUCACAUGUUUGCAAUGUGUCUACGAUGGAGUCACACCACGAACAAAUACAAUGGACAUUCAAACGGAUGCUGCGUCGAUUGUCCGGUACUUUCAUUACGACCACAAGAUCGUGGCCAAGUCCAUUCUGAACAUCUUCAAGCGACAUAUGAAGGCCACUCCUCCAUCUUCGCUGCUUCAUCAGCUGGCUGCGGAUUUGGAAUUGGUCCGGCAGGAUGUGGUGCCGCUGUUGCAGUACGCUGUAGUGGACCGAGGGCUUGCGAUGGAGCCACACGUGUAUCUGUCGUGGCUGCAAACUGCGCCGAUGGAGUCUGCGGCGCCGGUGUUGCUGCAAUGCCUGCCGUCUAUCUUUCAAAAUCGACUGGACCAUGAUGAAUCGAUGGAAAUUGUACGCACGGGCGUCCGGCAAUGCUUUCGUCAGGGCCGCGUCGCGCUGGGACUGGCCUUGUCCAACACGGCAAAGAGCUACUAUGAAGAACACUCGGAAAUAGACACGGAUAUUGGGUUGACAUGGGUGACGUCGGCUUUGGAAGCGAUUCGUACCGACGUUUCAGCAACGGACGUAGCAACGGCAGACGAAAGCGCAAUCGUGGCGCUGUAUUUGCAUCCUAGAGUGUCCACAGAGGUGGCUACAGCCAUGGCCCAUUUGCUUGGUCAUCUGCCCAAUGCAUUGAGCAAGUCGUUUGAAACGUCUGGAUUGUUUCGUAAACUGGCGCGGGCGUUGUGCUUUAACGGCCACGUUGAGCUCGCGUCGUCUGUCUUUGCCUGGCUCGAAGAUAUCCACGAAAUGCUCGUACCCCUGGAACUCUGGACGCUCUUCUUCUCCAAAACCAAGCGUCCCAUCGACCACGUGUUGCUGGAGUAUGAACAAAACUCGUGCAGUGCAAAACAAGUGCUCCGACCGGCAUUCGACCGCUUUAUCGCCCAUCUGGAGCACCUCAACGCAACAUCUGCACCGGCGACCGACAGCCAACUGGACGAAGCCGUCGUGGCGGCCAUGAAAGCUGCUCUUCAUGUAGGAGAUAUGGACACUGCGCUAGCCAUACAAACAACAACGUCGUGGGUGUCCACUAACGUCAAACAUGACGGGCUGGCGGUUGUCCUUGCAGCGGCGCGAGUGAUUCCCGACCGACACAUUCAACGGAAUGUGGCCUUGUAUUUCUUGGAGCAACCGCCUUCAACGACAGAAGAAGACCAGCCGGUUACUUGGCCUUCUACGGCAAGUAUCUUUGAGAUUCUCGUGGCGAAUCGCAUCCACAUGGGGCGCGGGGUCUACCGCAAGAUGCUGCGCCAGGUCGUCCCAGACUUGGACAUGGUUACCGCCCACGCCCUCCUUCAUCACGCGCAGCAGCACUCGAUCGAAGUGUCGCCCAAUGUGUUUGCUGUACGUGACUGCUAUUUCGAAGAGAUUUAUAUAUAUAUAUAUAUACGUUGGGGCCUGUUUGAUUGGGUUUUUUUCGUUUCACAUGGGGAUGGAUAUUAUUAUUAUUAUUACUAGGUUUGCUUUGCACAACAUGCCCACAACCAGCGGGACCCGACUGCGUUUGUGUCGCUCUUGGCUAGUAUGAGCACGUUGGGCCUUGUCCAAGACAACGGUGUCGUGUAUCAGGCUGCCAUUCGAGCGUGUAUUGCAGCCAACAAGUCCAAGCUCAUGUGGGCGUGCGUGGCCCGUGCCGAAUCUCGCGGGAUCAUGCUGGAUCGAACCAUGUUGGCCGAACUGGAAGCUCUCGACUAAACACUAGAGUGAACGGAUAAACAUUCCAAAAGAAGAACUUGAUUUGACUUCAAAAGGCAA